AUGGCACGAAAAGCUGUGAUAUUGGCGAAUGGCUCCGAGUGGGCGCGGAUCCGCAGCCGCGAGGUGAUCGACGACGAGGCGGCGGCAACCGAAUUGCUGGAUACAGAUGCUGUACAGGUAACUCAGACAGCGUCGAGCUUGAAAGCAGUUCCUCAGAGUUCGGUGUCACAGAAACUCCGCCGGAAUCGAGAUUGUGUCUUCGGUUUGCUCACCCCGUGGGGCAAUCUACCCCGAAUCAAGGGCAAACGAUAUGUGUAUGUCCGGGCCGGCUGGCCACCUCGACAGAAAUCUGUUGGUCAAGGACGGCAGUGUACAUGUGCUGUGUCGUACAAUGUGCUGCACAAAGUUGACUUGUCUGCCACCCCAACGUCCAAUGAAUGGGAAGCCGAUGACGGGAACGGGCAGACAAUUGAGAGCAGGGAGCUGUAG